GCUUUAUUUUGAUCUAUAAUUUAUUAUUGUACGAUUUACGGUUCUUAAACUAUGUUCAGUCUAUUAAUUAUUAUCUCGCUCGUUCACAGCCACUUUUUGGCUCAUUUGUGUACACAUGUUACUUUCUAAUUUAUGGUGUGCUGUGGUCUGUCUAGUUGAUAUAUAAACCGAGUAUGUUUGAAAUAAACGAUCUGCUCUGAUUCGAAGCUGGUAUUGUGUUCUGGACUCAAGUGGAAGGGCUUGUAGGACAUAGGACCAAUAAGGACGCUAGACUGCCCACACCGGUUGAACGUCAUUGGUUGGCCUAGUGUGAAGAUUCGUAUAAGUCGUAUCCGGAUUGGUAGAUAGGUCGCGUGAUAGCAAAAAGCAGACAUACUCAAGGUCAUAACAAUUGGCGACGGUGAUUUUGGAGAAAAAAAAUACAACGAGUGGUGACUCAGAUUUUGGAAAUAAAUUAGCUGUAUAGUUGCCGGUGAUUUUUGGAGCUAAUAUUAUUGGCAGUAAAAAAAUAUGUCGAUUUCUUUAGAACAGUUGCGGUUAAUAUUACAGCACCAGCAGAAGAUGUUGGCCUUGCAACAACAGCUAUUUGAAACAGUUUUGGGCAGACUUUGCAAUCAAGCAGAAAAUAAGAAAUCUAUUUAUCAUGCAGAUAAUGGUGCAGUAAUGGACAUUUCAGAAGCAUAUCCUGUGCAGGAUUCAAAUCCCUUUAUACCAGAAGGAGAACGUAAUAUUGGUAACGUGUCCAGCUCAGAGCAAGAAAAUAUUGUGCUAAAUGCACAUGAAGUUGUGACGAUACCAAAUGAUCAGGAGCCAGAUCCUGUAGAUGAAGCCCAGAGUCCAGAAUUAAAUGAAACACUACUGGUACUGUCUAGCUCUGGAAAUAAACUUCAGCCCGAACAAAAUUGUGGUCCACGUGCUAUUAGUCGAGAAAGCUAUGGUGACUGGUAUUCAGAAAAUAACUGGAGCAACACGAUGAACCCAAUUGUACCAGAUGUCAAUCAAAAUCACCGGAAGACAGAGCUUUGUAUUGAGUCAAUUUAUCCGAUUUCUAACGACAAUGUACCAGACAUUGAUUUUCAGAAUAAUGCAUAUAAUUUUGAUGGAACUUCUCAUAACAAUGAUGGAAAUAUAUCAGCUGAGUCGAAUGAUGGCCAAAAAUCUAAUUUAAUUUUGUUAGACGACUUUCUUAAUGACUCAUUAUCUGCUAACGAGAUUCGUAAUGAAUUUGAAAAUAAUGAACUCAGAUCAAAGGUUGUUCAUCAUCAUCUAGUCAUUUUUAGUGGAUUCUCCAGUAAAUACGAGAAAUAUGGUUUAAAUAAAGUCCUAUUAGUUAUAACUUGGAGCCAUAAGGACCCAACAUUAUUUCGAGGAGGAGGAGAAUUCAAAGGUACACAUAAUUCUUUUUUUUUAAUCCGAAUCUAAACUUGGAAUCUUCAAAAAAAAGGGGGGAGGUGUUAUAUCCGAGCGAAGAUUAAAUUACAGGUAACUCCCGAAGACUAUUAAUGGACUAAUAUUCUAUAAAUAUUCUGAUUGUAAAACUAUUGAAUAAUUAGAUUAUGUAAAUUUAUAUCCCUCUUAUUAUAAGCUUUAUUUUGAUCUAUAAUUUAUUAUUGUACGAUUUACGGUUCUUAAACUAUGUUCAGUCUAUUAAUUAUUAUCUCGCUCGUUCACAGCCACUUUUUGGCUCAUUUGUGUACACAUGUUACUUUCUAAUUUAUGGUGUGCUGUGGUCUGUCUAGUUGAUAUAUAAACCGAGUAUGUUUGAAAUAAACGAUCUGCUCUGAUUCGAA